GACAAAUGGCACCGCCCCUGCUAAGUCCAGCAGGAGUUUCUAAACUCGGUUUGGCGUCCUUCGCGCAGUGUCAUCUCCCGAUGUUAUCAGGCACAGCGUAAGGUUACAUAAAAGAUCAACACGCCCGACUGGGAGAGAAUGGCAAGCGAAGCCGCCGCUCAUGCAAGAUCACGACGGAGGAAGCAACUCAUAGCAAUAUAUUAACACUUACGUGCGUACAUGGACAACAUAUAGAACAAGUAAACCAAAAGACUUGUUACGGGCGGGUUAUAAGAAAACGGAAGAGAAUUAGAAUUUAGUCAAUUGAAUGCACCGAAUUUACCUCGGCCGAUGAGGUGACAUUGAGUUUGCGACUUAUAUAGCACCGGUUUCGUCUAAUAGGUAAGGACAUCCGCAGUGGCAAGACCUGCGCCUCAUUGAAGAGGAAGCCCGGGGAUGGAUCCCUUGUUUAAAAAGGAUGAACUGAUCUUCACCGUCCACCGCGAAAAUAAUAUAAAAGUCUAAGCCGGCGGAUAAAAUCACUCCAGCUGAGGAUUGUGCGCUUAAACUGGGUUAUCUCCUACUCAAGAUGUCACCAGAGUACUUGCUAAGGUCACUGCUGAUGCUAAUUCUAGCGCUGUUCUCCGCGAAUGCGAGCAACUGGCUGUACCUGGCCAAGCUGUCGUCUUCGGGCAGCAUCUCGGAGGAGGAGGCGUGCGAGAGGCUCAGGGGUCUGGCCCAGCGCCAGGUGCAGAUCUGCAAGCGCAACCUGGAGGUGAUGGAGGCCGUGCGCGGAGGGGCCCGCCUGGCCAUCCACGAGUGCCAGCACCAGUUCCGGAACCGACGCUGGAACUGCUCCACGUUGGAGACGCAGCACAUCCUUGGGAGGGUGGUGACUCAGGGCACCAGGGAGGCCGCCUUCGUCUACGCCAUUUCGUCGGCGAGCGUGGCGUUCGAGGUGACGCGAGCCUGCAGCAGCGGCGACUUGCAGAAGUGCGGUUGCGACCGGAACGUGCACGGACCCGGCCCUGACGGCUUCCAGUGGUCCGGCUGCUCCGACAACAUCGCCUACGGCGUGGCCUUCUCCGCCUCAUUUGUGGAUGUUCGCGAGAGGGGCAAGGGCUCGUCCUCCAGCAGGGCACUAAUGAACCUCCACAACAAUGAAGCUGGGAGGAAGGCCAUCCUGAACAACAUGCGGGUGGAGUGUAAGUGCCACGGGGUGUCGGGCAGCUGCGAGGUGAAGACCUGCUGGAAGGCCAUGCCCCAGUUCCGCAAGGUGGGCAACAUCCUCAAGGAGAAGUUUGACGGUGCCACUGAGGUGGAGCAGCGCAAGGUGGGCACCUCCCGUGUGCUGAUGCCUCGGAACCCCCAGUUCAAGCCUCACACGGACGAGGACCUGGUCUACCUGGACCCCAGCCCGGACUUCUGCGACCGCGAUGCGAGGAGCGGGGUGCUGGGCACGGCCGGCCGGCUCUGCAACAGGACGUCCAAGGCCAUCGACGGCUGCGAGCUGAUGUGCUGCGGCCGCGGCUUCCGUACGGAGCAAGUGGAGGUGGUGGACCGCUGUAGCUGCCGCUUCCACUGGUGCUGCUACGUCAGGUGCAAGCAGUGCCGCAGGACAGCGGAGACGCACGCCUGCCGGUGACUACCCCCCCCCCUCCUGAUGACCACACCCAGUAUCAGUGGCCCCGCCUCCUGUGGAUGGCUCCACCCUCAGCCCCCAUAAUAUUUUGGUGAGGCUCCACCCAAAUGACCACCUGCAAGCAAAUGAACCAAUCAGAGACAUUCAUGAGAAAUAAUGAGCCAAUAAGGACACUGGAAUGGUCCCAUGUAUGUUUCUUUGAACUUCUGUUUUUCUCAAUACAUCCUGGCUUUUUUUUCAUUUCUUAUUUAUUGUUACUCAUACUGAAAGAGGUACCUGAGAAAUUAUGUCUCCUGGAAACCUACUGACAGGAAAACAGGAAGUUAUGCCUUAUCAUGGUGCCGUAGUCUGAGAUCGGGGGGGUGGACAGGGGUGGUGUUAGAUCAUUAGAUUUUACUGCUGCUUUACAGACUCUUUCAAAUGGACAGAUACACAGAAGAUGACCAGGAAUUUUCAAUGGAUUUGAGUUUUUUCUUUUUGCUAGUCACAAGUGUAUCUGUGCAAAGUGUCCCGUGUGUAUACGCCUGUUUGUUCGUGUACAGCAGUGUGCUGUUCAGCUACGAUCCCAAACUAUGGAAUCACAAACAGUGAAAACAAAGCUCUGCUGAAGUGUUAAAAAAAAGGUUCCUCUUCUCCCCUACUGAGCACAUUUUAUUCACUUCCUGGGGUGUUAUGUCACACUAAGGUGUCCCAGUAAAGAGAAGUACAAAAAACAAAAAACACUGGAACGCGACAGGUCAGGUGGGAUGUGAUCGUACCGGCUCGUAUUUCCAGUCGAAAUUACGCUGAGCUUGACAGCAAGGGUGUUUGGAAGGAUCUGGAAAAUCCCUCAACACUACCAGCUUGGUUGGAAUAAGGCUGAGAAGCUUCGUCAUUCAUUACAAAUGUGUGACACAGUCGUAAGCACAAGCUCUACGUCAGAAAUGCCAUCCAGAACUCUGUAAAAUCAGAUCAGCAAAUACUCAUGUGACGAUACACUGCGGCAUACCGUAUUAUUUGAAUAUAUGUCAAACUUAAAAUGUCGAAAUAUAAUAAAUACAGACUAUUUUUUCCUACUUA